UGCGUCAGGAUGAUGACGGAGUAAAAGUUGAGUUCACACUGUCCUGCCGAGUCGGUGUUUAUUAUAGAUUAUUAAGAUUAAUUGUAACCCCACCGCCCGAGGAGAGAGACCGGAGAACGCCACCUCAACCAUAAAUCAGGGUUACAAUUUCAUGAAUACGAUAAAAGUAGUCAGAACAAUACUUUUUACAGAUACCUGAAAAAUCUACUUAUUUGUUCCUCAUUACAGGUGGGAUAGGCUCCAGCCCCCCUAGACCCUGAAAAGGAUCAGCGGAAGAAAAUGAAUGAAUGGAUGGAUGGAAACAAACUUCAGACACGCCCCCUCAUCCGCUCACCUCGAACCGGUACAAACCGGAUGAGUUACCUGCGGCUCUUCACCCACAGGCGCUGAGGGAGUUAAGGACCAUGUCCCGAGUGUUUAUGGUUGUGGUUUUAAUAUCGCUGGUUCCCGGGAUAUCGUCCCCUGACCACCAGCGGAUCUUCACACGUCACACUGGCACAAAUGUGAUUCUGGAAUUUCCAGUUCCCACUGACACCACAUCCAUAUGGCUAAACAAAGCUGACAGUAAUAAAUAUAUCUUCUAUUGCCGAGAUGGACACCCCACUCAUCUCAAAGACCAGGAGGAGUCGUUUAAGGGCCGGGUGGAGGGGACGGACUGUGAUAAGAUCAAUGGCACUGUCACCAUAACUCUGAGCAAUCUGACCAGUAGUGACAGUGGGACAUAUGAGUUUCAGGGCAUGGAGAGUGAUGGAAGACGCUUCAAUGAAACCAUCAUCCUGAUUGUUACUGACCCAGUUAACCCUUUGGUAUAUGUGCUGUGUGCUGGGCCUGUAGUUUGCAUUAUUAUUGGACUCAUUUACAAAGGACGACGUAGAAAACCCCAAAUCAGGACCAACGAGCCAAGUGUUGAACUGGACCUGGAGGAGGAAAAUGAGGAUGAUGAUGACACAGCACAUUGUCUCUCAGAGAAGAAGAGUCCUUUGAUGAACAUUGACUCUGCUGUGGUUCCAAACGUGUCUCAGAUGAAAUGACAUUUUUAGUGUUUCAAUGAGAUUUAUUUGUUUUAUUUCCAAGUGCCUUCUUAAAAAUGUAAUAAUGUUUUUAUAAGACUCUCUUUGGGCAUCCUGUGCAUGACUGCCAAUCCUUCAGCCUCUGAAUGUAAAAUGAUUGUAUUUAACCUCCUGAGACCUGAGCUUCUGUUUGCAAUGCAUCUUUAACUUCUUCUAGAUAUUUGUGAUUAAUGGACCUGAUAUGUGUAUAAACUAAGCUUCCUCUUUGAACAGGAAGUUGUAUUUUGUUACAUGGUUGUUACAUACAUUUGUGAGAAAAAAAGAUGUCCUCAGAUGUGGACACUGGGAUUAUUUUAUAGCAUAACAAAACAAAUACAACAUGACUUAAAGUGUAAAACACUAUUGAGCACAAUGAAGUUUAAGGUGCACCAAAGCCAAAAUGUAAUGUCCCCAUAUGUGGACGCAGGGUCUCAGGAGGUUUAAGAUCCAGUGUGAUAUUUUAUUGCUGGGUUUGACCUGUUACAUGUGAAGCGUUUUAUUUUUUUGUUGUUUUUUUAACGUUGUUUUGGUGUAACAGGGGAAAUAAUUUAAAUGUUGUUUACUUGAAACAUCUCAGGCUGUUCUCUAAGUGGAUAGCUCCUUACAUGUGAAAAUGAUUUCUCUGAAUUUGCUUUGCUACACUUUUUUGUUUUAUUUUUUUGGGGGAAAUGCUGCUUCAGAAGAUGAAAAAUGUUCAGAAUUUUUUAUUUUAAAAUGCUUAUUUUUGCACUUUUAUGACCGCUUACAUUUCAAGUACCUUGUGGCGACUGUUGUGAUUUGGCACUUUAUAAAUAAAAUUGAAUUGAAUUGAA